CGACAAACAUGGCGCAUAGCUAGUGCGUUGUUUCUGCGAAUGUUGUCAUGAAAUUCGACGAUUAGAGGAGUGCAUUGCUGAUUGUGGGCUUCGCGCCCCUACGAAUAAUUCGCCGAGUGUCCGAGGAAUAGUGCAGUGAUAGUGUGCGAUUUUUUACGGCGUGGAUUUGGACGUAAAAUCGAGGACUCGAAUAAAGUGUAAACGAUGGCUAGUCCGUCGCCACAAAACAGCCCAAUGCCACCUCCACAGGCUCCCAGCCCCAUGGGACCACCAUCUCAAUCCCCUGCGCAAUCUCCAUCUCCUCAUAGUCCUUAUCAAGGCCCACAAGGGCAUGUAAACGGCCCGCCAACUCCAAACAUGCAAAUGCAAAAUUUACCACCUGGAGGUCCUGGACAUCAUCAACCCCCACAUCCAGGGAUGUCUCCUCAUCCCGGUAUGCCUCCACAUCCUGGUCACCCUGGAAUGCCACCAAAUUCACACGGCCCACCACCAGGAGGUAUGCCACCACAGGGUCACCCACCUGGUCCUCCUGGUCCGCAAGGCCACAUGCAGCCUCAUCCUGGUGGUCCACCACCUAUGCAAGGGCAUCCUAUGCAACCAGGCGGACCACCUCCACAAGGUCAUCCUAUAGGCCCACCUCAGGGUCAUGUUAUACAUCAUCCAGGUGGUCCACAAGGCCAGCAACAUCCUGGACAUCCUCCUGGUCCUCCCCAACACCCAGGCGUUCCUCCAAUGGGUCAUCCUGGUCAUCCAGGUGGCCCGCCACAGGGGCAUCAUGGUGGACCUCCACAAGGCAUGAUGAGUGGUCCACCACAAGGCCAUCCGGGUGGUCCCCCCGGUCCACAACAUUCCGGCCCUCCUCCCAGCGGUCCUCCACAUCCAAAUGGUCCACCGCAGAAUCAUCCAGGGCAACCGCCAUCUCAACAAGGACCUCCACCUCCGGGACAUCCAGGAGGCCCGCCACAGGGGCAUCAACAGGGACAUCCACCUCAUUCUGGUGGACCACCUCCGCCUGGACAUCCUGGUAUGCAGCCUGGUGGUCCACCGCAUAACAUGCAUGGCAUGCCACCAGGUGGCCCGGGGCAGAAUUAUCCGGGGCAUCCAGGAAUGCAGCCGAUGCAACACCCGCAAGGACCUGGGCCUCAAGGGCCGCAAGGACCACAACAGAAUCCAUCAUCGUCACCGGGACCACAAGGUCAAGGUCCACCCGGUGGGCCUGGAGGUGGUCCGCCACCAUCAGGUCCGCCUGGGUCUGCUCCGCAGGGGCAGGAAAAUCUGAACGCCUUGCAGCGUGCUAUUGAUUCAAUGGAGGAAAAGGGCAUGCAGGAGGAUCCCCGAUAUUCGCAGUUGUUGGCGUUGAGGGCACGGUCAAACAGCUCAUUGUUUAAUCAGUUGCAGAUACAGCAAUUGAGACAUCAGAUAAUGGCCUAUCGAAUGUUGGCGCGUAAUCAACCGCUGACGCAACAGUUGACGAUGGCUGUACAGGGUAAACGGGCAGAUGGUACACCCCAAUGUCCAACACCACCCUCUAGCCCAUUCCAACCGCCUAGUGCUGCCCCGCCGACAUCGCAACCAUCAGGGCCGCAGGCCCAGGGACCACCUCCACCAACGAGUGAAAGCAGCGAGCCACCACGACCUGCGUCUGUGGAGAGUGCGCCGAAUGUCACGGCACCGCCUCCGCAGGCUCAGCAACAGCAACCCCCACCACAGGCACAGCCUAUGCAGCCGAUGAUGCGUCCGCCAGGUCCGCCUGUGAUUCAACCCACCCCCGGGCCGACUCCACCACCGCAGGGACCACCCUCACAAACGCCUCCACCGCCUGCUUUACAGUCUGGGCAACCUAUUCUGCAGAAACCGCCUACUCCCCAGCCCACGCCUCCUACUGGACCAACUGGUGUACGCCCUGGUGGUCCACAGGCUAAUCAACCGCAAACCCCAGCCGGGCAAAACGCGCAGCCUCCCACAAGUCAACCAUCCACGCAACCUACGCAACCCCAACAACAACAGGCACCGCAAGGAAAACAAAACCGCGUUACUACCCUGCCGAAACCAGUCGGUAUUGACCCGAUUGUUAUCCUGCAAGAGCGUGAAAAUCGUGUCGCUGCGCGAAUUCAAGCACGCAUGCAACAGUUGAAUAGUCUGCCGACCAAUAUGCCGGACGAUUUGCGCAUUCAGGCUCAGAUUGAAUUGCGCGCAUUGCGUUGCCUCAACUUUCAGCGCCAAUUACGAAGCGAAAUUAUUGCAUGCACGAGGAAGGAUACUACUCUAGAGACACCCGUUAAUGUUAAGGCAUAUAAACGUACCAAACGACAAGGAUUACGCGAAGCACGUGCGACAGAGAAGUUGGAAAAGCAACAGAAGCUCGAAGCCGAGCGUAAACGUCGUCAGAAACAUCAAGAAUUCUUGGGUUCGGUGCUGCAACAUGGCAAGGACUUUAAAGAUUUCCAUCGUAAUAAUCAAGCGAAACUUGCUCGACUCAAUAAGGCUGUUAUGAAUUACCAUGCGAAUGCGGAACGCGAACAAAAGAAGGAGCAGGAGCGUAUUGAAAAGGAGCGUAUGCGUCGUCUGAUGGCUGAGGACGAGGAGGGUUACAGGAAGCUCAUUGAUCAAAAGAAAGACAAGCGUCUUGCUUUCCUCUUGUCACAGACAGAUGAAUAUAUCUCGAAUCUUACGGAGAUGGUUAAGCAGCAUAAGGUAGAACAGCGGCGCAAGCAACAGGAAGAGCAGAAACGCAAGAAGAAGAAGCGUAUUGGGGCAGAUGGCGUUGAGAUUGACGAUGAAGGAUCACAAGGAUCUGAUAAGCCGGUUACAGUUAUUGAAACCGCCACGGGUAAGACACUUAAAGGUGAAGAGGCCCCUAUGCUCAGCCAACUGCAACACUGGCUCGAGUUACAUCCCGGAUGGGAGGUUGUCGAAGAAAGCGAUGAUGAUGAAGACGAUGACGAACAGGCCGAUUCAAAGGGAGCUGAAAAGAACGAAGACGACAAGGAUAAGGCCCUUAUGAAGCCUGCCAAGGUGGAGGAUGAUGAAUACCAUAAGGAGUCUAGCGAGGAGCAAACAUACUACAGUAUUGCUCAUACCGUACACGAGAUUGUCACAGAACAAGCAAGCAUCAUGGUCAACGGCAACCUCAAGGAAUACCAAAUCAAGGGUUUGGAGUGGUUAGUGUCACUAUACAACAACAACUUGAACGGUAUUCUCGCCGAUGAGAUGGGUCUCGGUAAGACAAUUCAAACAAUUGCGUUGAUUACUCAUCUUAUGGAGAAGAAGAAACUGAAUGGGCCAUUUUUGAUUAUUGUACCUCUGUCAACUUUGUCGAAUUGGGUGCUUGAGUUUGAAAAGUGGUCACCCUCCGUGUUUGUUGUAUCCUAUAAAGGUUCCCCUGCUUUGCGAAGGACGAUUCAGUCACAAAUGCGUUCUACGAAGUUUAAUGUCCUCUUGACUACUUAUGAGUAUGUCAUUAAGGAUAAGGGUGUUUUGGCAAAGUUGCCAUGGAAGUACAUGAUCAUCGAUGAGGGCCAUCGUAUGAAGAAUCAUCAUUGUAAGUUGACGCAGGUGUUGAACACACAUUAUUUGGCUCCGCAUAGAUUGCUACUUACUGGUACCCCGCUGCAGAAUAAACUGCCGGAGUUAUGGGCGCUUUUAAACUUUUUGUUGCCAUCCAUCUUCAAGUCUUGUUCUACUUUCGAGCAGUGGUUCAAUGCGCCAUUUGCUACCACCGGUGAGAAGGUGGAGUUGAACGAGGAAGAAACUAUUUUGAUUAUUCGUCGUCUGCAUAAAGUAUUGCGUCCUUUCUUGUUGCGGCGUUUGAAGAAGGAAGUAGAGAGUCAGCUGCCCGACAAAGUAGAGUAUAUUGUCAAGUGCGACAUGUCAGGUCUGCAGCGCGUGUUGUAUAAACACAUGCAGAGCAAAGGUGUUUUGCUUACUGAUGGAUCCGAGAAAGGUAGUAAGGGUAGAGGUGGAGCGAAGGCGUUGAUGAACACAAUCGUGCAACUGCGAAAGCUUUGCAAUCAUCCCUUCAUGUUCCAAAAUAUUGAAGAGAAGUAUUGCGAUCAUAUUGGAAUGGCCGGUGGGGUUAUUUCCGGGCCGGACGUGUACCGUGCGUCCGGUAAGUUUGAGCUAUUGGAUAGGAUUUUGCCAAAGUUGAAAGCCACUGGGCACAGGGUAUUGCUUUUCUGUCAAAUGACGCAGCUCAUGACUAUCAUGGAGGAUUAUCUCAAUUUACGUGCAUUUAGCUAUUUACGUUUGGAUGGUACUACCAAGGCGGAGGACAGAGGUGAACUUUUGAGAAAGUUCAAUAACAAAAACAGCGACUAUUUCCUCUUUUUGUUGUCCACUCGAGCUGGUGGUUUAGGUUUGAAUUUGCAGUCUGCAGAUACUGUCAUCAUCUUCGACAGUGAUUGGAAUCCGCAUCAAGAUUUACAGGCGCAGGAUCGUGCGCAUCGUAUCGGUCAACAAAACGAGGUACGAGUGUUGCGUCUCAUGACUGUGAACUCUGUAGAAGAGAGAAUAUUGGCUGCGGCGCGUUAUAAGCUGAACAUGGAUGAGAAAGUCAUUCAAGCUGGUAUGUUCGAUCAGAAGUCAACUGGUUCCGAACGACAACAGUUCUUGCAGAGCAUUUUGCAUCAAGAUGGCGAUGAUGAAGAGGAAGAGAAUGAAGUUCCGGACGAUGAGACUGUUAAUCAAAUGGUCGCGCGAACAGAGGCUGAGUUUGAGAUAUUCCAGAAGAUGGAUAUUGAACGAAGGCGUGAGGAGGCAGCUAAGGGACCUGACCGUAAAGCGCGGCUGAUGGAAGAGAGCGAAUUGCCUGACUGGUUAACAAAGGAUGAUGAAGAAGUAGGAAGAUGGGACUAUGAUAAUGAAGAAGAGAGUGUUUUGGGACGAGGCACGAGGCAACGCAAGGAAGUGGAUUACACUGACAGUUUGACUGAGAAAGAAUGGUUGAAGGCGAUUGAUGAAGGUGGAGAUUAUGAGGAAGAGGAGGAGGAGGAAGAGAAAUUGCGUAAGAAGAAGGGCAGGAAGAGGCGGCGUCGUGGUGAUGACGAUUCCGACGAUGAAGCUUGCACAAGCGUUGCCAAGAAAAGACGGGGACAGAACAAUGGCAUUGAUCCAAAGUUGAAGAGACAAAUGAAGAAGCUCAUGAAUAUCGUAAUGAAAUACACUGAUAGUGAUGGGCGUCUGUUGAGUGAACCUUUCAUGAAGAUUCCACCUCGUAAGGAUUACCCCGACUAUUAUGAAAUUAUCAAGAAACCUAUUGAUAUGACCAAAAUUGUCAAUAGGAUAAAUGAUGGCAAGUAUACAGACAUGGCUGAUCUAGAACGUGACUUCAUGCUCCUCUGCCAGAAUGCUCAGAUCUACAACGAGGAAGCUUCUUUGAUACACGAAGACAGCAUCGUCUUGCAGUCGGUCUUCACCAAAGCCAAGCAACGUCUCGAGACGGAGGUGGAUUCAGGAGAAGAUGAGGAAGAUGAUGAAGAGCUAUCGACAAAGAUGAAGUUCAAGUUGAAGAAUAAAAAGACACCAUCUGGACGUCGCAAACGCGCCACAAAGAAGUAUAUUUCGGACGACGAUGACGAUGAUGACGAUUGAAGGGACCACCUCCGAGCAUGAGGAGCGGGUCAUUUGUAUAUAAAAUGAUUUAUUUUGUCGUAUUAAGCAUUGUUUAAUUUCUUACUGAUGAUUUACUAUUAGUAUUAGGUGUACGUGUACGAAAUACUUGAAACUUAUGUCUAUGAUGUGUCGCUGGAAGCGAAUUUGAUUGUCAUGUAGAGCGCGUACUACAUUUAGUAUAAUUUUACAUUUCACGCUGACUUUGUGUAUGAGAAAAAUGUGGCGAUGAUCAUUGUAUGGAUGAUGGUUGAUAAAUAUAUUUAAUUUUCAAUUUCA